AAAAAAAAAAAAAAGUAUUGCAAUAAAAUUAGUUAUCCAUAAAGUUGUCCUGGACAAGGAUAGUAGUGUAGUAGUGGUGGAAAAAGUGGGAAAUUGUUAGAUACUCACAUAUUGGAUGUUGAUGUGAUGAAUGGGAAACAGAAGAGUCAUAUUACAAGGUUUAUGGUCUAAGGUCCUGAAGAAUGGAGGUAUUUACUGAGCUAGCAAUGACUAGUUUGAAUAUGUCAGGUUUGCUAUGCCUAGUUGACAUCUAAGCAAAAAUGCAGAAUUCACAGUUGUAGACAUAGGAUUCUGGAGUCCAGAAGAAAGUGUAUGGGAGGUAUAAUUUGGGAAUUUGCGAACGAAAAGGGCAGGCUUUUUCAUGUUCAGUACUGUUUUGGGAGUGGCCAAAGAAUCAUUUGGUAAACAUAGGAUAGAUUCAAAGUUAGGUCGUGGAAGGGAGAGUGUGCUGUUCAUUCAAGGAGACAGAACAAUGGACAAGAUGCACUUUCAGGGGGAAGGUGAUGGGAUCCGUUUUGCAGAUGUUGUUUGAGCUGACUGUGGAUGUCAUCAGGAAAGAGUUGCUGUUUGUCAGUAGAACCCAGAAGACAGGUCUGGGCUGGAGACGUGGCAUGGAGUUGGCAACUGAAGCCACAGGAGUGGUUGAAAUAGGUCAGGAGAAGCUUGAUCCUUUCGGCUGCCGGGAACAGGAAUGACACAUCUUCCCAUACUCUGUUUCCCUUAAGUGCCUGCCAUCAUUACACAAAAUGCCCGAUGUCGACUGCUGCCAAAGAAUACUUCAUUCCUCACGGUUCCUCCCAUUUUCCUGAGACUACAGAAAGAGCGAGAAGCUCAAAAUCAUCCCCGCUGGGGGCGGGACUUGGCUCAGACGACGUCACUGUGGGAGUGGGGCAGCCAAGCUGCCAGCUCAGGUGUCUCCCGCCAGUAUUGGGGUCGUGAUCCUGGGCUGCGCUGAUCCCUUCCCAGGGUUCUCCCUUCUGGGCUAGUCUCUCGCCACUGCAGACUUCAAGCCAACGGGAGGAGUCCGACUACCAGUCCCUGGGUGCGGUUGUAGACAUUCUCCAGGGUGCCAGCGGCCCGUCAGUUGUAUCCCGCGCGUCCGCUCUCUGGUUCCUGGGCACGCCAGCUCCAGCAAGCGGCCGCGAGUUGGGAAGGCGAGGAGAGCGAGGCGGGUGGCGUGACGGAUGAGCCAGGGGUGAUAUGGGGUCAGGAAAUGUGCAAUAGGCUUCGCUGCAUUGCGUGCCGGCGUCCGGGCCUCUCAGCUUCCUUGUCGCCACCCGGUGGAGGCAGAUCUGGGACCAGCGCAGCGCGCGGUGCGGCAAGAGCAAUAACAUUCGUGAGCCCAAAGACCCGGCCAGCCGAGUCCCUGGGGACCCUAUCUGGCAGCUCCUGCAUUCCUGCCUGCUUCUCCCAGACCGCCAUGGUUGUCAGUGAUGUGUAAUGGGUGGAAUCUGGGCCAUGCACGCGAAUCUCCAGUGCUGUCACCUUGGUGAAGACCUUGCUUGUGGUGAAGGCGAAGGUGGAGCCAAGGGGAGUUAGGAACCUGUGUGCUUGGUGGUGGGAUGGGGGAGAUGAUUUGAGAGGGCGAGGGAAACAAGGAGGUGAGGACUGGCUUGUAGGAGAGAGAUCACUCACCUGACUAGUUCCUUCCAUCCUGACAAUUCCACAUCCCCUUUCCAAUUUCAGACUGGCAAUAAAGGGCCUUAUCAUGCAGCCCAGCACUCCCUGAGGCCCGGGACAGCAAAGCUCUUCUCUUUGGGUACCAUCAGAGAGUCUGGCUCUUGCUGGAUCUACUUAACAAGUAGCUGGAUUAGGCUCUGAACAGAUUGUCCCUAAGGUCUAGCUUUGGUCCUUUUCUGCUAUACUCUCAGCUUCAUGAUGGGAGAGACAUGAGGAAGAGGACUCAUCCUUCACCAGACCCUUAGCCUAGCUCCCUUUCCCCCUGUUCAGGGUUCUAUCUGGGACUCUCAGACUCAGCCCUGGGGUCUUGAGCAUACCCUGUCUUGAGCAUACUUGAAAGGCAGUGGACCUUCUGGAAUGCAGGACUUUGCCAGGGCCUGCAGUCUGACAGGAUGCUUGGGAAGAGGGGAAACUAAGCGGUGAGGUCCAGAGAAGGGAGCUUGGGUUCUAAGGGCCUAGACUCCUGACUUUUUCCCUGAACAGGUAAGGAAAGAAGCCAUUCACCAAGGAUCUGAGCACUGAGAUGAAAAAGCACUAACACAAAAAUAGAGGAAUUGCCUGGUGGAACCAGCAACACAGGGCAGGGUGAGGCAGUGAGACCCGCCAUGGCUGCUGCUGAGACCACUGCCCCCUCACUAGCCCCUAGCCAGUGUCCUCAUAGGCCUCCAGGAGGGAAAAGAUGUGGGCAGUGACCUGAGAUGCAAAUUAAUUUAUUAUUAAAUUAAUUAUUAACCUUUUAAGACCCCUUCCCCUGUAUACUUUGCCCCAAAGGGCAGCUACCCUAGGGUGAGGGACUGAAUGAAGAUUUGCGGGGAAUUGGCAACAAUGACACAUCUCUACAUUUCCUUUUCCUGUAGGGCCAGCUUAUAGUAAGAGGCAGCCUAGGUAUUACUGGGGAGAGAGGCUAGGGUAAGAACCAGUUCCCCUACUGUGGACUGUAAGUUAACUCUGGACUUGGAUUCCCUCCACUAUAAAUUGAGGAUAAUAAUAGGUACUUGCAAGCCUCAUGUGAGGAUUAAAUGAUAAUGUUUGUGAAAAUGUUGUAAAUGGGAAAGCUGACCACAAUUGCCCUACAAAUCUUCCCAAGUUCAGUGGGGCAGGGGAGGUCUUUGGGAUCCAGCGACCACCCACUUCUAAAUUUUCCAUUCUAUUCCCAGAGAACCUUGUCAUGAUCUAGGUACGUGACCUUUCAAUUAUGUACUUUAGGUUUUAUCCUUUUACAUUCUUUUGGUUUAACUUUUUAAACUCCAGAUUGAUUCCACAGUCAUUUAUAAAAAUUAUCUUCAUUAACUACUUCCACAUGCCAGGCCCUACUAGGCCUCCAGAAUAUAAAAGUGUUCUCCCAGAGCUAAACAUCCAUUGAGGGAGAAUUUUCUAUUUGUUUUCCCCACUGGAGUUCUGAAGAAGACAGGGGCCUUGUUUUUCUUGGAUGCUUACAGGCCAAAACUCAUUAUUACUAAACAAAUAGGAAUUGAAUAAGCAAAGCUGUGUGUAUGAAGGGUAGGCAAAUCAGGGGUGGAGCCCUCUAACAGAUCUAGACAGGUUUUGUUUGCUUUUUGUUUUGUAAAUUAGAAGUCCACCCGGUGGAAAGAAAGUAAGGAUAUAGUGGGGGCAUAUGGUGCAGCAGCUCUGGAGGCCAAAGCUGUAGGAUCACCAUUUCAAGGUCAGCCUGAGCAAUUUAGCAAGGCCCUAAGCAACUCAGCGAGAUCCUGUCUCUAAAUAAAAUGUAAAAGAAAAGAGGGCUGGGGAUGUGGCUCAGUGGUUAAGCGCACCUGGGUUCAAUCCCCGGUACCAAAAAGAAAGCUUGGAUACAGGAAGUGAUGGAAGAAACAGCCUGUUUUGUUCUUAGGGGGUUCUUAGAGCCUUAUCCAUAAACAUCUUAGAGUUGGGUAUAUCUGGUACUCUGGAUUCUCAAAGGGUCAGCACUCCAGUCUCUAAGAAGAUCCAUCCCAAUUCCAGCAGUUCAUGAAUUCUUGCCAUAUGCUCACUCUAUGCUCCUCACGUCCUGGAGCUCCCUAGGUUACCCCUGGCCAAUCCUGUCUCUGAGGCCUAGUCCUGGUCUUUGUUCCCAGUGUUGGAAUGGUUCCCUGCUUGCUGGUUUGACUUCAAGUCAUUUGUCAUUUCUGGGCCUUAGUUCCUUCAUCAGCCAUAUAGGAAAGGUAAUUCAGAUUUCCUAAAAUUGUGAGGAUUAAAUAAAAUAUGUCUGCAAAGCAUUAGCUACAAUUUGUGUCCUAUAGUAAGCCUUUAGUAUGUGGUUAUUAUCUCAACUUGCCCACUGUCACUGCCCCUCCUUUCUUAGCUUUGGGACUCUGCCUUCCUGAAGUCUGUGGAGUUCCGGGAACAGAUUAGUUUUGAAUGUCACUUAAUCCUGGAGGCCCUUCCGCAAUUGGAGCCUAGAUUGGGGCUGAUAGGGACUGGACUGAUAUAAACCUGAGUUAAGAGGCCUGAUUCACAGACUCUGCAGGAUGGAACUGAGUGUGGGAACCAAGCUGCUGAUGCUGUUGUGGGCCGUGUACUGCAAAUAUGCGCUGGCAGAUGGGCUGAUCGGCUACCCUGUCAUUGAAGUGACCAACGGGGGUCCCUGGGGCGACUGGGCCCUGCCUGAGAUGUGUCCUGAUGGAUACUUUGCCAGCGGGUUCUCACUUAAGGUAGAGCCCCAUCAAGGCAUUCUCGGUGAUGACACAGCUCUGAAUGGGAUCCGGCUGCACUGCACACGUGGUAACUCUGAGCUCAACACUCAAGUUGUGGAGUCCCAAUCUGGAAAGUGGGGUGCAUGGAGUGAGCCUCUAUGGUGUCCUAGUGGUGGCUUCCUAGUGGCUUUCUCACUUCGGGUGGAAGCACCCAUAACCCCUGGGGACAACACUGCAGUGAACAACGUGCGUUUCCGGUGCUCAGAUGGCACGGAGUUGCAGGGGCCUGGGCUGGACUGGGGAAAAUUUGGAGAAUGGAGCACGUCUUGCCUGAAAGGUGCGUGUGGCUUACAGACCAAGGUUGAGCAGCCUAGAGGCCUCCGUGAUGACACUGCACUUAACGAUGCACGAGUAUUCUGCUGCCUCACCUAACCUUGUCCUAACAUUGUCAAAGUCCUCUCCCCGGCUGGCCCGGAGGCUAGUCCCAUCCCCUGGGGAUUAAAACAUUUUCAUCUUGACUUUGGUUUGACUUGUUUUAGGAAUGAGAAACUGUGUCUCCUUGUUUGCCUACUAACCCAGUACUGGGCCAGGUCUACAUUUGAGUGAGACCUCAGGCGGUCCACGGUAGGCUGCUGCAACUUAUGGGCCCCUUCGUCAUGAAAAACAGUGUGUGUGUGUGUGUGUGUGUGUGUGUGUGAAGGAAGUCUCUGGCUUUCUGAGGACAUCUGUAAAUACCCCACCCUCAUUAAAAGCACAGGUUGUCUCCUUUCCAAGUUACCGGUGACUUCAGGUUAAGAAACU